UUGUCGUAAAAUACCUUUUUCGCUGAAUUUAUUUUCCGAGCGAUAAAGUAUUAAUGCUCUUUUAGUAGUCGUUUUGUAUAAAGAAAUCAAUUCGAAAACAUGUCGAAAAAUAUCUACGCUCUCCACUUCGGUUCGAUUUAACAAAAUAACGAAAAAAAUACGCCCUGUUGUUUUGAAAUUAAUGGUUUCAAAUAAAUAACGGUCCGAACUAACGUGUAUUUCAUAUAAAUAAACGUGAAAAAGUGUGGAAAAUAAAAUAUAGAAAAAAAAAUUAUUUAACAAGAACAACAAACAUAAAACAACAAAAAAAAACUAUGGAAGAACUGGAUGGAGUUCCAUGUAAAGUGCUUGGAUAUCCGAUAAAAACUAGGACACAAAUAUAUCUGAGUUGUUUAGUUACAGCUAUUUUAGAACUAUUUAUCUACAUAGUGGUUGUUACAACCGACAUUUGUGUAUCUGUACAACAUUUUCGCGAUGAAAAUUUAUUAUACGGUUCGUUAACGCUAAUGUUUUUAUGCUUGCCAGCAGUAGCUUGUUUUUGUUCAAUUAUUGUAUCACCUUGGCAGUGGCCCGCAGACAAUGAACAGUGUGGGAAAGAAAAUAUCAAGUUUUUCCUAAAACAAUUGUGCAAUUUGUUUUUCUUUCCCAUUGGUUCGGCAUACAGAUUGUCCCGACGUAUUUUUUGGUCGACAGAGGCAUUGUUCCACGAACGAGACACAUACGAACGGCAUCAUGCCGUGCACAAAGCAGCCGAAACUUCGUCAUUCGAAUUAUAUCAUUUUCUUCAAGCCUUUCUGCAGGCUGCCCCUCAGAUUAUACUACAGUUUUAUAUACUGCUGAGAGAAGGAGUUUUCCGUAACUAUGAGACAGCUCACGUCCAGGUCAUCAGCAUUAUAUUUUCGUUUUUCGUAAUGGCUGUCGUCGCAUCAUCAUACCAAAGAUUUGAGAGUCAAAAAGUGGUUGGUCGAAAUUAUCCCUGGUCAACCGAGGAGCAGUGUGCGACUAGACAAAAACAUUUCCGUCAAACCAAAAGUAUUUUGGAGGAACCGAAAGAGGUCGAACCAAUUUACGUAGAAAUACCGGGAAGCGACCAGAUAAUCAAUCGAUUCCAUUCACUCAAUCAGCAAGCGUUAAUUGGUGAUGACGAGGGGGAAUCCAGCGCAACCUUGCGAUAUCGCGAUCAAAAGUCGUUGCACUUGGGCGAAUUUAAUUUGAACAAAGAAAACAAUUUCACGGAGUAUGACCAACACAAGCGUAUUGCAUUCGAUGAAAUUGAUGGCGAGACGGUGCAGAGACGAUCGUCGUCGAAGUUACUUAAUAUUCCAGUGGAUGAAAACCGUCCGCGUCGGCCGUCGCUAUUGGAUUUAAAUGCAAUAGUUGAAUAUGAAAAUGAGAGCAACAACGACAUUGACGAAAACAAUCAAGCGAACUUAGACUUUAGUCCCGAUCACCCACCACCACCACCGCCACAAUUGAAAGAUUUCAUAUUCAAUCAAUUUAAUCGGAUGUCGACGUUUAAGGAUAUGCUAGUCAUGAAUGCGGAACUGUACAUCAAAGAGCAUGUUCCACGGCUUCCCGAAAAUCUGUUUGAGCACGAGAAAAAAUCGCCGAUGCAACAGUCAUCAUCCGUCACGGAUGUGAAAGCCGCCGAUGAAGUGGACUUUAUAAUGCCAAGCCGUAAGAAAAUAAUCGAAGGCAUCGAACAGGAAGACAUCGUCGCCAAAUCGGUGGCAUUCACCGCAUGGACAUUUUUCCUUGUCAUGCGAAUGGUAUCGCUAUCCGCAUUUUCUGUGUUUUAUCCAUUGGAAUGCGUGUAUUUGUGUGUGGCACAUUAUCUGCUCAUGGUUGCCUGUUUGUUCUACGAGACCCGUUUCCACGAGAAAAUCGAACGAAUUUAUUUUUACUUAUUUUUGGCGUACGUUUACAUUUUCUGCAUUUUAGAGUUUAAAAUUAAAUUCAAACGGCCUCGGUACUGGUUCGCAUUGUAUACGACGCUGAUGUUGUUGCAAAAUUUAGCGAUAACCGUGGCCUGGUAUUAUUUUGCUGAAUUUGAAUCGUGGUGGUUUGGCUACAUGUUUGCCAUUAUAAUUCUCAGCUUUUGUUAUUCGCUGCUAUGUUUUCUGGUAUUUUAUUUCAUGCUGAAACCGGCGGACAAAAUUCUCUACGAAAAUAACGAUUAACUUGAGGGGAGAAAAAUUGUGAAUUCCUGAGCAUUGACUUCUGUUUACAACAGAAAAAUGUUUAAUUUAUCGAACUGAAAAUGUGAGUUUAAAUAAAAUAAGUUUUUACGAAUUGA